AUGACACGUGGAGAGUUAGGGACGCCAAGGAACAUCUUUCUGUAUUGGCUUCGUCUCUACCAGACAAAAUGGGUUGAGGGCGAUGUGAACAAGGUUACACAGCCAGUUCAUCGACAAGCAAACACAACCAAGGACCCUGUUGUGGGCAAUGAGCAGAAAGUAGGAGCUUUCUGGAAACGUAUUGUAGAUUACUAUGGAGCUAGUCCAAAGGUGGGUGGAGGUGAUAAGCCAGAGCCCAUGCAGUGCAAGCAAAGGUGGCAGAAACUGAAUGAUCUUGUUUGCAAGUUCUGUGGAUGCUAUGCCGCUGCAACAAGACAGAAAACAAGUGGUCAGAAUGAGGCUGAUACUGUUAAACUGGCACACGAAAUCUUCUACAACGAUCAUAAGAUCAAAUUCAACCUUCACCAAGCGUGGGAGGAGCUGAGGAACGACCAUAAAUGGUGUGAAGCUGCUACUAGGAAGAUUGACCAAACCGGUAAGAAGAGAAAGUGUGAUGAUGGAGCACAAUCAGAAAGCUCUCAAGCUCCGGCUGAUCUCGGUGAAGAAUCUCCACGUCCUCCUGGAGGUAAGGCAGCUAAAGGAGCAGCUGGAAAGAGAAGUAUAGCUGAUCAGGAGGCAGGGAAAGGUGCAGCUCACUUUCAGACCAUGUGGAGUAUUAAGGAAAAAGAUCUGGCCAUCAAAAAAAAGCUUAAGAAGAUGGGAUUGCUUGACAGUCUCAUCUCCAAAAAAGAGCCACUUUCUGAAUUUGAAGAUGCUCUAAAGAAGAAGUUACUUACGGAGAUGCUGAAUCUUUAG